AUGCUCUACGACCUCAACGUCCCUUGGUCGCCCUCGACCACCGAUUCCCAGUUGCUGCAGACCCUCACCCUGUCUGCAUCUCUUGGCUAUGGGGCAGUCGCACUGAACACGACCUUGACACAGGCUCCCUCAGGCCAACAGGGGGUUCCAUUCCCCAAGCUCUCGCCCGAUUCUCCCACCAAACUGCCCCGGAUUCUUCAUCGGGCAACCCUCGUCCUGGACGACCCCGCCGCCUCCAACUUCAGCCUCCCCGCCCUCGUGCGAAUGUACGAUAUCCUCGCCGUCCGGCCCCUCUCCGACAAAGCCUUCCAGAACGCAUGCCUCACCUUCGACACCCCAAUCAUCUCCAUGGACCUCACCCAGAACCUUGGCUUCUACUUCCGCCCCAAGCCGUGCAUGGCAGCCGUCUCGCGUGGGGUGCGAUUCGAGAUAUGCUACAGCCAGGCGUUGGCUGCCGAUGCUCGCGGCCGCGCGCAGUUCAUAGCCAAUACCACGGGCCUGAUCCGUGCCACUCGCGGGAGGGGGAUCAUGAUCAGCAGCGAGGCCCGGAACGCUCUGGGUCUCAGGGCGCCGGCAGAUGUGGUCAACCUGCUCGACGUCUGGGGUCUUGGGAGGGAAAAGGGCAUGGAAGGCCUGGGCUCCGUCCCCAGAAGCGUGGUUGUCAAUGAAGGGGUCAAAAGGACUGGCUUUAGAGGCGUCGUCGAUGUCGUCCAGGCGCUGGACGCUCCUUUCACGAAAGAAAAGCAAGAGGGACAGCCUGGUCAAGGCAGCAACAAGAAGGACAAGAAGCAGAAGCGGAAAAGUGGAGAGGAGACUCAAAGGGGGGACAAACAUCAGUCUAAGAAGAUGAAGCUCGUCUCGCGGGACGCUGACACAGCCAAGAAGUAG